CACCAAAAGAAACCACAGACACACCAUCAGCACCAACACCAACAAGAACACCAUGGGGCAAAGUGGAGUAAGACUGGGACGCCUCCUACCAAUGUUGCUGCUGUCCAUCCUGACUGCCAUCGGGGGACUGAGAGGGAAUAAAGAGGACGACCUCUUCGGGGAGCUUCCCGAAAUCUUCCCCUCCGACCCUCCCGAGCCCCUGCCAUAUUUCCUGAAUGAGCCUGAAGACGCCUACAUUGUGAAGAACAAGCCAGUGAACCUCUACUGCAGAGCUUCCCCUGCUACCCAGAUCUACUUCAAGUGUAACAGCGAAUGGGUUCAUCAGAAGGAGCACGUGACAGAAGAGCAUAUCGAUGAAAACACUGGCCUCGUGGUGCGUGAGGUGAGCAUCGAGAUUUCCCGGCAGCAGGUGGAGGAGCUCUUUGGGCCAGAGGACUACUGGUGUCAGUGUGUCGCUUGGAGCUCCGCUGGGACCACAAAGAGUCACAAGUCUUACGUUCGAAAUGCAUACCUGCGCAAGACCUUUGAACAAGAGCCAUUAGGGAAGGAGGUAUCGAUGGAACAGGAGGUCCUGCUUCAGUGCCGCCCACCUGAAGGUAUCCCGUUGGCUGAGGUGGAGUGGUUAAAAAAUGAAGACGUGAUCAACCCAAUGGAGGACCGUAACUUCUACAUCACCAUAGACCACAACCUGAUUAUCAAGCAGGCUCGCCUCUCCGACACCUCCAACUACACGUGUAUUGCCAAGAACAUAGUGGCCAGGAGGAGAAGCACUACAGCCACUGUCAUUGUGUACGUUAACGGUGGCUGGUCAACUUGGACCGAGUGGUCGGUCUGCAACAAUCGCUGUGGAAGAGGCUACCAGAAACGAACACGGACUUGCACCAAUCCUGCACCGCUCAAUGGAGGAGCCUUUUGCGAUGGUCAGAGCGUCCAGAGAAUUGCCUGCACCACCAUGUGUCCUGUUGAUGGUGGGUGGACGGCAUGGAGCAAAUGGUCUACGUGUGGGACGGAAUGCAUGCACUGGCGGAGGAGGGAAUGCACGGCUCCUGCCCCCAAAAACGGCGGGAAGGACUGCCCUGGACCCGUGUUAAACUCCAAAAACUGCACCGAUGGCUUAUGCAUGCAAAGUUUAUUUUAUCAAAUUUCCACAGAACAGAAAGCUCGCAGCGACUUUGGAUAUUCCUCUGCGCCAGGGUCAGAUGACGUGGCUCUUUAUGUGGGCGUGGUGGUGGCGGUGAUCGUCUGCCUGGCCAUCCUGAUGGUCGUGGUGAUGUUCGUUUACCGAAAGAACCACCGAGACUUCAAUUCCGACAUCCGUGACUCCGCAGCUCUCAACGGGGGCUUCCAGCCCGUGAGCAUCAAGACGUCCAGGCAAGAUAACUCUCACCUGCUCGGAGUCCAGCCUGACCUCACAGCUGCUGCCGCCUUGUACCGGGGUCCGGUCUACGCAUUGCACGACAUCGCAGACAAGAUCCCGAUGACCAACUCGCCGCUGCUCGACCCGCUGCCCAACCUUAAGAUAAAGGUCUACAAUUCUUCCUGCGGCAUCACGCCGCAAGAGGAGACGGUGGACCUGGCGGCCAAACUCUCCCCACGCAACACCGAGUCGCUGCUCGACAGUGAGACCCAGAACCUCAAGAACCAAAGAGUGGUCGAGCAGAAGGACCCAACCUGCAGUGCGUUCGGGAGUUUCAACAUCCUGGGCGGCCAUCUUAUAGUGCCCAACUCUGGAAUAAGCUUACUGGUGCCAGCAGGAGCCAUUCCCCAGGGCAGAGUGUACGAGAUGUAUCUGACUGUACAUCGGAAGGAGAACCUGAGGCCGUCGCUCGAGGGCAGUCAGACGCUGCUGAGUCCGGUGGUCAGCUGUGGUCCUCCAGGCGCCCUGUUGACCCGUCCUGUCGUCCUCACCAUCCACCACUGCGCGGAACCCAACUCAGAGGAUUGGCUGAUGCAGCUGAAGAGCCAGUCUGGGCAGGGAAGCUGGGAGGAUGCCGUGGUGAUCGGAGCAGAGACCCUCAGCUCCUCCUGUUACGUCCAGCUGGAUUCCCAAGCCUGUCACAUUCUGACUGAGCAGCUUGGCACCUACUGUCUAGCCGGGCGAUCCAUCAACAAGGCAGCUACCAAGCGGCUGAAGCUGGCCAUAUUCGCCCCGGCUCUGUGCGAGUCCCUCGAUUACAGCAUCCGUGUCUACUGCCUGGACGACACCCAGGACACCCUGAAGGAAGUGAUUGAGAUGGAGAGGCAGUUGGGAGGACAGCUGGUGGACGAGCCAAAGACCCUUCUCUUCAAGGACAGUACCCACAACCUGCGUUUGUCCAUCCAUGACAUCCCUCAUUCCCUCUGGAGAAGCAAACUGCUGACCAAGUACCAGGAGAUUCCGUUUUACCACAUAUGGAGUGGCUGUCAGGGGAGCCUUCACUGUACCUUCACCCUGGAGCGUUUCAGCCUGCUCACCACGGAGCUGGUGUGUAAGCUGUGCGUGCGGCAGGUCGAAGGCGAGGGACAAAUCUUUCAGAUCCAGUGCACCUUGUCUGAGGACCGCAGACCCGUGGACGCCUUGCUGAUGGAGCCAGCGAGCAGCGUCACCACCUUGAUGGGCCCCAACGCUUUCAGAAUCCCAUUCUCCAUCCGACAGAAAAUCUGCAACAGCCUGGAUGCCCCGAACAAUAGAGGGAACGACUGGAGGCUGUUAGCGCAUAAACUAAAGUUAGACAGGUACCUGAACUACUUUGCCACCAAAUCCAGCCCCACCGGUGUGAUCCUGGACCUGUGGGAAGCCCAGAACUUUCUGGACGGGAACCUGAGCUCCCUCGCUGCCGCCCUGGAGGAAAUGGGAAAACACGAAGCGGUCGUCUCCCUCGCGUCGGAGAUAAAACGCUGACCCGGCCAUCCGACAGCGGGAACAGAAGAUGAUGGGACAGCAAGUGGCAUGAGCUGAUGCAUUCACAUCAGAUCAGACCAGGUUGUUUUUUUUUUCCUCAAAGAGACUUACCCUUACAAUAUCAUGUGUACACUUCUCACCAAGGUUAAACAUUGUGUUUGCAUCUCUACCCAAUAUCUCUCCACCUAUUUACGACUGUUCCUUUUUUAGCUUGGCUGUACGCAGCUUGGUACAGGAUUUUUAUGGUUUCCUAGGAAACGGACUAUUUAUCCAAAUGUAUGGAUAAACUCUCUUUACAAUCCUGGUUUCUAGGUACUGUAACGUUUACACCAUUUUUAGCACGGCUUUCUUUCUGUUGUGACCACAGAGCUGGCGAUUAACUAAUGCCAGAAGCUUCAAUCCCUUUGUUAUUCCCCCCUCUUAUCCCAUCCCAGGCCCCAACUCCC